UCUUAUGGAGUGAAAAAUACGGUAGUUUGGUGUGCAUUGCUAGAGAGGUUUUAUUUCUUUCUUGGGAUAGUGCAUGUGAUCAGCACAGGGCCAAUCAGCACUGUCCAGACAGAGGUCAGGGGAUUUGUAUCCUCCAAGAGCAGAAAGAAAACUCCUGCUACAAGCUUUAACUAGUGUUGGGCUGGAUACAAGACUGCCCUAACUUCUGAUGAGAAAAGGUAUUUAGCAGUUUAUAUUUACUAAAAUAAUUGCACUUCCAUGUUCUGUGUACUGUGGGAGACCAGAUAUAGUGAGUGCAGGGUCCGGG